AUACACACAAUCAUAUUGAUGUGUACGUUUACUGGCGAGAUCAGAAACAUAAUAAAAACGAUAAGAGAUGGAAAUGUAAUAGUAAAUGAGUUCAACCAACGGCUGUGUUCUACGGACUCGACUUCAAUUCAACAUUUUAUGAUUAGUAAAUCAAUUACGAAACCAUUGAAAUCGAUUCAUUAGUAACACGUUUUAUGGUCAAUAUUUUUUCAUUACAAUCACGUUUCAAGGCAACACUGUUUAAUCCGGUUCUUUCGUUUCUUCUUUGAACGCUUUGAACAAACAACGCGUGACAACGAGUACAACUCGUAAGACGUGUGAUCUGUACAACCGGUACGACAAGCGGCAGAACACAAAACCGUUUUUCGGCCUUUCGGGUCUUGAUUGGUUAGUAUUGGGGUUAUAUGGAUGAAUUGUGAUAUCAAGAUGUACAAGAGCAUGCCGUUUCUGUUCUAAAAACUACUCCCUACAAUACAUAGAAAAAAAAACUAGUUCUUGGAUUUUCUAUUAAUCUAAUAAUUACGGAGGAAAAAUGGCUGGUAAUUUCUGGCAAAGUUCACAUCACCAACAGUGGUUACUAGACAAGCAGGAUUUGGUUAGAGAAAGGCAACAUGAUUUGGCAAUCCUAACUGAAGAUGAAUACCAGAAGACCUUUAUAUUUUUCUCUAGCAUUAUUCAAACAUUGGGUGAACAAUUGAAACUAAGACAACAAGUAAUAGCUACAGCUACUGUUUAUUUUAAAAGGUUCUAUGCAAGGAAUUCUUUAAAAUGCAUUGAUCCACUAUUAUUGGCACCAACAUGCAUAUUUCUAGCUUCUAAAGUAGAAGAAUUUGGAGUGAUAUCCAAUUCAAGACUGAUUACAACCUGCCAAACAGUUAUUAAAAAUAAAUUCUCAUACGCUUAUAGCAUAGAAUUUCCGUAUCGUACUAAUCACAUUCUCGAAUGCGAGUUUUAUUUACUGGAAAACCUAGAUUGCUGCCUAAUUGUGUAUCAACCUUAUCGCCCGUUAUUGCAAUUGGUUCAAGAUAUGGGACAUGAGGAACAGCUUUUAACUCUAGCUUGGCGGAUUGUCAAUGAUUCAUUGCGAACCGACGUUUGUCUGCUUUAUCCACCAUACCAAAUAGCAAUAGGAUGUCUACAAAUUGCCUGUGUUAUACUGCAAAAGGAUCACAAGUCUUGGUUUGCUGAACUGAAUGUAGAUAUUGAGAAAAUUCAGGAAAUUGCUAGAUAUAUUAUUAAUUUAUUUGAUCUUUGGAAACAGUAUGAUGAAAAGAAAGAAAUAAGGGAUUUGUUGAAUAAAAUGCCAAAACCUAAGCCUGCGCCUCAGAGAUAAUUUAUGUGGAAAUAAAAAUUAUGCAUGUUUAUGCUUUAGAAAACAUUUUGUAUGAUCUGUGUUUAUUUGAAAAUGUUUUCAAUGAGUUGAAAUGAUGCUAUAAUGCAAUGAUCUAUUGUCAAAAUAUAAACUUUCAAGAAA